AUGCGACCUGUGAUAGAAGAGGAAUGCGAAGGAAUCGAAUCGAAAGAAGAACCAAGCCCUGAAGAUGCGGAGGUUAACGGAUACUUGGGAGAAAGUGCCAAUCAGUGGGAUGCAGGAAAGGAAGGAGGCAAUGGACAGGAGGCCGAGGAAGCGGCAGAGGAGGAGGAGGGACAGGAGGAAGAGGAGGAGGAAGAAGAUGAGGAGGAGGAUGAUGAGGAGGAAGAGGAGGAAGAAGAGGAGGAGCAGGUGAAAGAGGUGGUUGCAAUGGAGGGUGAUAGUAGCGCGGGAGCGGCGCGACUGGGGUCUGUGGUUGCUAUUGGGGAAAGGGGAGAAGGGACGUGGGGCGGCGACGUGGGGACAGAGGCGGGAUACCUGUGGGUGGCAGAGGGCGGGAGGACGGAAGUGGGGGAAAUCAACGUUGGGGAUAGUGAUGAGAGGAGCGAGGAAAUUGCGAGGGAGAGGGUGGAAGGGACGGAGGAGGAAGGGGGUUCGGUGGUUGAGGGGAGUGGGUCUUGCAGUGGGAGGUCUGAGAGUGAGGGCGGGUCUGAGAGUGCGAAGGAGUCUGAGAGUGAGGGCGGGUCUGAGAGUGCGAAGGAGUCUGAGAGUGAGGGCGGGUCUGAGAGUGAGAAGAGGUCUGAGAGUGAGGGGAGGACGCACACCGCUGGCGGUCUUUCGCGUAUGGCGGAAGCAAUUUUGGAGUUCGAGCGGACCGUUAGCGAACAGGAGAAGCAGCUCUUAGCGGAGCAAGAGGCAAGAGCGAACAGUGAAUCAGUAUUGGACGGUCGGAUUGAAUCCGAGGAGGAAAGGAUCAACGGUGCUGCUUUGCCAGAGGAAAUCCACCCUGUGGAUGCGGCUCCUGCGAAGGAGCAAGCGACUGGAGAUGCGGUUACCGGGUUAGCAGCUGCUGUUCUGAACUCGCCUGCGUCCGUUCUUCUAGAGCCCCAAGACUCGGUCUCGGGCAGCGAUAGCGCCCGCAGCUUCUUGCUUGAUGAUACUAGCUCGGAUAGCAUGGAUGGGGGAGGGGAGAGGAGUGAAGGGAGGAGCGAGAGAGAGGAGGUUAGGGUGGGGAAGGAAGGGGAAGUGGAGGAAGAAGAGGAGGUGAGUAGUGAGCGGAGGGAUGGGGAGAGGGAGGACGAAGGGGGAAGAGAUGCUGCUGCUCGGGAGCGAAAGAGCGAGGGAGUGGUGGAGAGCGGUGUUGAUGGGGAGGGUGUGGUCGCGGAGGAGGGAGCGGAAGAGGUAAGAGUUGUUGGGGAAUGCGAUUCAUUGACAGAAGAUGAGGGAGAGGAUGAAGAGGAGGAGGAGGAAGCAGAGGAGGAGGACGAGGAAGAGGAAGAGGAGGAGGAGGAUCACUUAGCUCACGCUAAGAGGGAAAGGGAGCAAGAGGAGAGGAAGGCGGAGGCGGAAAAGAGGAGGUCCGAGGAGGAGGAGGAGGAGGAGGAGGAGGAGGAGGAGGAGGAGGAGGAGGAGGAGGAGGAGGAGGAGGAGGAGGAGGAGGAGGAGGAGGAGGAGGAGGAGGGGAAGGGGUCGUGGGACUUGUCUCUUCCUGACAGCCUUGUCUUCUCUGCCAUGCCUGCCGCUGCUACUGCCAAGCCUGCAACUGCCAAACCUGCUAGCGAUUGCGCCAUAGCCACGGACCCUCUCCUUCUCGCCCUCCCGGAUUCCGACGCCCCUCCGCCGCUCCUAGACGGGAUGGGGUCAGCUAUAGCGCUGCAGGGAGGGGGGUUCCUGGCUUCCAUGUCCGGGCAUCACUUUGGCGAGGGGGCCACGCGGCUGGUGAUGCAAUUCUCCCGCCCCAUGGUCAUCCCAUCGGAGUUAGCAUUGGGAGGAGGAUCGGCUGGAGACGCCUCGUCUAAGCUGCUCCCGCUCCCUUCUGGAGGAAACGCGUCUGGUGUUGCUACUAGUGCCACUGCCGCUGCUGCUGCUGCUGCUGCUGAUCCCUCCUCUGUACUCCCGCUCUUGCAGCGGCUAGCAGCGGCCUCUGCUGCGGAUCCCUCCGCCCCGUCCCUCACUGACCAAGUCCUGGCGCUCAUGCCCCUCCCAGACAUCAGCGGCAAGCCUCUAGAGCAGAUUGCAGCUGAAGGGCUGGCUUAUCUUGAGGGAGGGUGGAACUGGGAGGGAGGAGUGGGAGGUUUGGGAGGUUCGGGAGGAGUUGGAGGGUUGGGGGGAGGGGUUAGAGGGAGUUUGGAGGGGCAGGAGGGGGGACAGGCAGGAGGAUAUCUGCAAGGGAGUCAGGGAGGCUACCUGGAGGGACACCUGGGAGGAUACCUGGAGGGCGGUUCAGGUGGUUCUUCAGGUGCUAUCAUCAGCCAUAACAGUUCCUCCGCAGUCUCAGUCUCCCACUCUUCCACUGCCAUCUCCUCCUCUGCCUCCGCUGCUCUGGCUGUGAGGCGGGCACAGGCAGCAGCAGCAUUGGCUCGCCUGCGGCGCCGAGGGCAGCACCUACUGGGCAGCAGCGGAGGAAGUGGAGGAGGAGGAGGAGCAGGAGGAGAAGGGGAAAAGGAUCGGUCUCUAGGGGAGUCUGAGGAGGAGGAGGAGGUGGAUAGGGAACUCAGGCAGGCACUUGCACUGAUGGGCAGGAGCGCAGGGAACAUGGUUCUAGCUGGUUCGGCUGGUACGGCUGGUAGAGGUGAUGGCACAGGUAGGGCUCUAGCUAUGGGCAAGGGUGCAGCAGGGAACAUGGUUCCUGGUACGGCUGGGUUGGGAAUUGGAACUCUGGCUGGUGCCUCAGAGGGAGAGGGAGAGGGAGAGGAGGAGGAAGAGGAUGAGUAUGUGGGUUUGGGUGAACUGGGGGCGUUGGCAGUGGAGCAGAUCGAAGCUCUGCUGGUGGAGGGGUUGAGAGUGCAGAACGGUCAGAGCGAGCUGCACGCGCCAGGGGCUAUUACCCUCGGGGAAUCCGGGCAGUUGGGGUAUUCUGCGGGUUACCCUUCAGGUUACGUGACUGAUGGGUCGAGGGGUAGCCAGGGCGGUGCUGGUUACCAGUCUAGUGGUAACCAGAUUGCUGGUAACCAGACUGGUGGUUACAUUGGGGGAAGUGGGCCGAGAGGGCUGCUUGGGGCAGCGCUGACAGUGGAGGAGUGGCAGCAGGUAGAUGCAGGGGUGUGGGAUGCGGUGGAGUCCGAUAGAGAUGCUCUGGAGGUGCUGCGAGCACACUGCAAGGCUCAUGGCAUUGCAGGGCUGCUGGAGGGGAGUGAGGGAAAUGAGGGAAAAGAGAUGGUGCUGCGCGGUGCAGAUGAGUUCGGAGGGCAGCUGGUGCCUGCAGGGGGUGUGGAGGCAGGGUGUAUGACCGUAGGAGGCUGGGGGGAUGAAUCUAGGCAGAUGGUGGGUGGCUUUGGAAGGGGAAUGGGGCUGACAGUAGGCCAAGGGAACACUGUAACAGGGGGUGCCGUGGGUAACGGUGUAACUGGGGGUGUGGUGGGUAACCCUGUAACAGGGGGUGUGCUGGGCGACAGUGUGACGGUAGCCAUGCUGGUGCAGCUAAGGGACCCUCUGCGCAACUUUGAGCCGGUGGGAGCACCGAUGAUGGCGCUGCUGCAAGCUGAGAGAGCACCAACGCCAGCACCUGCACCAGCACCAGGUGCUACUGCUGGUAGUAUUGCUGGUCGUGUUGCUGCUGGUUUGAGUGGUUCAACCACUGCUGCUCUUGGCACCACGGCCCAUGCCUUUACUGCCAAUCACAAGAGCCAGGCCCUCUUGGGAAGUUACCGUGCUCAGGGUCUUUUGGAGCAAGCUCCCCCGCCUAUUCCUGGGUCUGUCACCCGUACGGAUGAUACCACCAGGGCCCAGCUUUCCUUGGAAUAUUCUGCAGUUGAUGCAGCCAGCCCUGCAGAAGCGGCGCUACAGCCGUGGCAUGGUGCCAGCUCAGCACAGCCGGCGCUACAGCCGUGGAUUGACGGCACAGCCACAGGCCGUCGCAGCCAUAUCACCUCCGCUGCUGCCUCUCAUCCAUCUGCUGCUCCACACCCAACAUUCCCCUCCACCGCCCCGCCCCGAUUCAAGCUCAAAGCAGUGCAUGUGGCCGGCCUAAAGGCAGAAGAGGCACCAGGGAGGGGGUGGGGGUCGCAGAAGCAAGCACAGGCAGGGGGAAGGUGGCUGGCUGCGAACGGCAUGGGGAAGAAGCAGCAGGGGAAGGGCGGUGGGAGUGGGGUGUUCGGGAAGCAUGCGAAGCCAGCUAAGGUGACGGUUCAGCCUGGGGAUACGCUGUGGAGUCUUUCCCAGAAGGUUCAUGGGAAUGGGAUGAAGUGGACGGAGGUGGUGAGAUUGAACCCGCAGAUUCGGAACCCGGACCUGAUCCUGCCGAGCCAGAAGAUUCGGAUGAGGAGAUGA